UUUGAUUGUUUAAAAAACCUACGCUCUGAAUAAACUUUUCCCAAAAUAAAAAACACAAUUUCGAUGGUCGUCUUGUGCAAUAGAUUCGAGCAGUCUCUCUCCCGUUUUUGUGAAAUAGCACCCAACUGUCUCUCACUCUCAACCCGUCUAAGGAGUUGCUUCUCUCUCUACUAUGCUAUCGACUGUCCAUUGCAUAGGAAGCUCCAUUGUUUAUGCAUUCGCCCCUCCAUGGACAAGAAAUUCACCUUCACUCUCAUGUUUCAGCUUUCCUCCCCGGCAAUCUUCUCUGCAACAAUCAAUAUCUCUGCCAGAGAAAACCCAACAUGAAGAAGAGCGAGAAAACGCACAAGCAAUUAAUUUGCCUCAAAAAAUGAUAUGGGUCGAUGCGGGUUCAGAUAUUUCGGAGUCCCAAAAGCUUCUCAUGUCCCAAUUGCCUGCAAAAAUGUCAAAGAGAUGCAAAGCCCUGAUGAGACAUAUUAUAUGCCUUUCUGAUGGAGAUGAUGACCCAUCUGGUAUGUUGGGUUUGUGGGUUAGAACCAUGAAUCCCAAGAGAGCUGAUUGGCUUGAAAUUCUCAGGGAAAUAAAAAAAUUAAACCAUCCUUUGAUUUUUGAGGUAAUGGAGUUUGCUCUCCUGCAAGAGUCAUUUGAAGCUAAUAUUCGUGACUACACCAAACUAAUUGAUGGCUAUGCAAAGCAAGGGCGAAAACAAGAUGCCGAAAAUGCCCUGGGAGCAUUGAAUAGAAGAGGCUUCUCCUGUGACCCUGUCAUACUAACCGUACUGAUUCACAUGUACAGCAAGGCAGGUGACUUCAAUCGGGCCCAAGAAACAUUUGAAGAGCUUAAGCUUCUAGGUGUACCAUUGGACAAAAGAGCUUAUGGGUCCAUGAUCAUGGCUUAUAUCAGGGCUGGUAUGCCUGAAAAGGGCGAGUCAUUACUCAAAGAAAUGGAAUCCCAAGAUACAUAUGCACGCAGAGAAGUUUACAAGGCACUUUUGAGGGCUUACUCUAAAAUGGGUCAUAUUGAGGGAGCUCAGAGAGUGUUUGAUUCAGUUCAAUUCGCAGGGGUUGUACCUGAUGUGAGGUUCUGUGCGUUGCUUCUUAAUGCUUAUGUGGUUGGGGGUCAUACCAACGAGGCUCGGAUGGUGCUAGAGAAUCUCAGAGCCUCUGGUUUAAGCCCAAGUGAUAAAUGUGUGUCUCUUAUGUUGAUUGCUUAUGAGAAGGAAAAUAAUCUCAAUAAGGCACUGGGCCUACUGCUGGAGCUUGAGAAAGAUGGUGUCGAGGUUGGUCCUGAGACCAGAUCAGUUUUGGCUAGCUGGUUGGGUAGGUUGGGUUUGAGAGAUGAGGUCGAACUUGUGUUGGGGGAACUGGGUAACCUGCAAGCUGUUUGAUAAUGGGCUCUGAAACCGACGGCUAGGAUCUCUGAUCAUAUAUUGGUGGUGAUGAAUGCUCUCUGUGAAGACGGCGAGAGAAUGGCGGACCUAAUGGCCAUUUGGGUACAACAAUUGUUGUUUAGAAGUACUGAGGACACUGAGUGAAGGGUAGCUUAGUAAAUACACGGUAGACUAGAAGCUGUCUGAGUAUGGAUUCUUAAACUGAACAGCUUGGACGUAUCGAUCAAUGCUUGGAGCUCCUGAUUGUUUUUGUUGAGGAGGGCUAGAGAAUAGAAAAACUACUGAAGGAAUUGGAUGAGGAGUCUUCACUGUCUUGUACGCACGUUUAUAAAUUGUUUUGUUCUUGACUCUUUCACCAACAGCCUGGAUCUAUCGAUCACUGCUAGCAAUUGCUAUGUGUUUUCAAUGAACCUGGAUAGAGAAUGGCAGGCAUGAUGAUCAUUUCAGAACAGCAAGUCUAUACGAGAGAGUGGAUCUAAUCACGACUUUUACAGAUAAGAAUUUUGUUUUGAGUGUAUUUUCUAAAAGAAUUUGUGCCCGUGGUCCACGAAGAAAAUGUCAGUCUGGUCAUUUCUCCCAGUAAAUGAGGUAGAUCGGUCCAUGAUGAUCAAAGAUUAUGGUAAAUACUCUGGGUCACCAAUUGGACAGUUUAGAGGAGUGGAGGAAUUCUUCGUUCUUGUAGGGAAGUGAGUGUGGUGGCAGACACAUGCAGAAGAGGUAGUGAACCUAAAUGGCUCUUGGGUAUGGAGACCUAAGCCCCAGGACUUUUUUGUCUUUUCCAAAAUACCAAAACUGUAUAGGGGAUUAUGGAAGGAUGCAUGCUUGAUACAAAGUGCAAUAUCAUUAGUCAGGGGUAUUUUAGUAAUUUCCUAUUAUGUGAAGUCAGGGAUAUUUUAGUAAUUUUUAUUAUGCGCUUAGCGAUUUGCAGUAUCA